AGGAUCGGUGGAAGAUCGAUUCCCUGGACGCUGAAAAAGAGGAUAUUCCCUGAGUCAUUUAAUAAUCCCUGGAAGUGUGUUUAUUCGAAAGAUUGGGGAGUGCCAGUGAAGAAGAAUUUCGGGUAUAAAAGAACAUUUUCAUCGAUGAGUUUGUUCAUGUUACUCGUGUGCAUUUUCGUGGAUAGAAUAUUACUGGGACCGAAUCGAUGAAUACCUCGAUCGUAUACGAAACCGAGUGAAUGAAUUAAUAAAGGAGCCCCUGGAUUUGAUUGUUGCAUUCGUUGAAACUUCAAAGGAAAUACCAUUUCGGAUUCAAUAUGGCGGAAUUGGAGGCAGGAGUUUAUAAACAAAAUGGUUACGCGAACGAAGCGUUCCAGAUGGACAAUAUUCCGGCUGGAUUAAAGGAAAGGAACGUCCAGGGCGCGGAAAAGUCGAAUCCACAAGAGAAAGUGCUUUCGGAAAACGAUGAGUCUAGAGCAGAAUGGGGAGGAGGGUUAGAAUUUUUAAUGGCUUGCAUCGCGACUUCCGUCGGUCUGGGAAACGUAUGGAGAUUUCCGUUCACCGCCUACGAGAACGGCGGCGGGGCAUUUUUGAUCCCUUACAUCAUCAUCUUGGUACUCGUUGGAAAACCGUUUUACUUUUUGGAAGGUCUUCUUGGCCAGUUCACCAACAAGUCCUGCACGAAAACGUGGUCCAUGGCGCCCGCGAUGAAAGGUUUAGGAUACGGCCAGGCAUUCGCCGCGUUCUGCGUCGUCUCGUAUUACUGCUCUCUAAUGGCCCUAACGUUGUUCUACCUGGCGGCUAGUUUUCAAGCAGAAUUACCUUGGUCCUUUUGUCGCGAUGAAUGGAAAGGUCAAUGCAUCGAUGCUGUUUCGAGGGAAGACGUGAACAACGACAACCGUUCGGCCAUUCUCGCUGAUAACGGUACCCUGCGUAGCUCUGCGGAAUUGUACUUUAGGCGAAUAGUUCUGAACGAGUACGACUCGAUCGAAAAUGGCAUUGGCGCUCCUUCAUGGCAGCUGACUAUCUGUCUGUUUCUGAGCUGGGUGACCAUAUUCUUCGUGCUGUUCAGAGGCAUAAAGAGUACAGGGAAGGCGGCAUAUUUUCUGGCUAUAUUCCCUUACGUUGUGAUGAUCGCUUUGUUGAUCAGAGCGGUGACGUUAGAGGGUGCCGUGGACGGUAUCCUUUUUCUGGUCACUCCAGAUUGGGAGAAACUUUGGCAUCCGAAUGUCUGGUAUGCGGCCAUCACUCAAUGUUUCUUCUCUCUGUCGGUCUGUUUCGGUCCGAUUCUCACGUACUCGUCUUAUAAUAAUUUCGGGCACAGGGUCAGCAGGGACGUGAUGAUAGUGACCACUCUGGACACGUUCACCAGCUUGAUGGCCGGUUGCACGAUUUUUGGUAUCCUUGGGAAUCUGGCACACGAAAUGGGCACCACUGAUAUUUCGGCAGUGGUCCGAGGCGGCACGGGACUUGCGUUCAUUUCUUACCCGGAAGCUUUGUCCCGAUUCAAGGUGGUCCCGCAGCUUUUUGCGGUUCUGUUCUUCGUGAUGAUGUACGUGCUCGGUAUCGGUAGCGCGGUGGCCUUAGCCAGUGCCGUUUUCAGCAUCCUCUGCGACCAUUUCCCGAAAGUGGCGCACUGGAAGCUGGUUCUCUUGGUCUCCACUGUUGGUUUCGUUGUUAGUCUCGUCUACAUCACUCCUGGUGGCCAAUGGUUCGUUGCGCUGGUUGAUUACUUCGGCGGCACGUUUGUCGCGAUAAUCGUCGGUGUUUUGGAAAUGAUCACCAUCUUCUGGAUCUACGGCCUGUCGAAUUUCAUCAACGACGUAGAAUUUAUGCUUGGGAAUCGACCAUCGUGGUAUUGGAGAUUCUGCUGGGCUUUCGUCACCCCGAUAUUGAUGAUCGUUAUUCUGGUUUAUACGAUUUUCACUUACGAACCACCCACGUACGAUGGUGCACAGUUUCCUGGAUACGCUUACGGUAUCGGAUGGACCUUGCUGUGCCUGGGGAUGCUACCGAUCGUGGGAUUCGCGUUGCAAAAAUUGCAACAGAGCAAAUCGUCGUCGGUGAUCGAGACUAUCAAAGCGGCGUUCCGUCCGUCCGAGGAGAAGUGGGGCCCUAGAGAUCCGAAGAUUCGGUUGGAAUGGAAAGAAUUCGUGGCCGAAAAGAAUUUCAAUUAUCGUGGUGGCUUCGUGGAGACGUUUUUAAAGUGAAACUAAAGAAAUGAACAUUUUGUACAGAUUAAACACACCUGUAUGCUAUAUAAUUUAUCGAAUUCUCGAGGAAC